AUCACCCUCUGUUUCCCACGAUAGGCAUAGUCUCGUGACCUUAUUGUUCGACACCCUCUCGACGAUAAAAUAUUCGCUACUGCUUCCAAAUACAACGCUUUGAUCGAUACGAUCGCAUAAGCGGCACCGAGUACAAAGAGUAGGCUAAGCGAGGGUCAAAGAGAUCGACGAGUCCUCUAUAUAACCAGCCUAGUGCCCUUGAGCACGCUAUCCACCUCCCGAUCCAUCGUGCCUUCUUAAACUUCAUCUGCCUCACCGAACUAUACACUCUUGCGCAACCCACCCUCGCGACAUCCAUCCAACGAGACUCGGCUUUGUGUCCACUUGAAUAUGUCCCACGUCAAACGGACUGUGGAAUCUCCCCCCGCUUCCCCAGGACGAGAACGAGAAUGGGACUCAAAGCUAGUGCGCUACAUCCCAGAGGGGAAGCGACUCGCUUCAAUCAAACGCGUCUACGUGCCCCGAGAUUCGCAAUCGCAACCGCCUCCCACUCCCACCAAAAACGAAAGGAGUUAUCUCCCACAGAGUCCAGCUCGAGAUGGUGGCACCUUGAGGAACAGCCGGGACUUGAUGUCGAGAAUCGAUAGAUAUGUCGCCUCGUCUAACCGUUCCACCACGAGCCCUGCGCCGAGUCCAUCUCUUCCAUCCCAGGAGUUCGUUGAUCAACUGGAAUCGCUGCCGUACGAGCCUCUGGAUAGGCACGGCAAGGACGAGAUGAUUGAUGCAUGGAGAGCCACAGUUCUCGAUGUCGACCGUGUCCCGCUGAGGAGUUCGCGCCAUUACGACGACAGCCCCCGACUCCGACGUUCUGCCAUGAUGCGCACACGACACAAUGAUCCGUCCACCGCAGAGAAUUCUGAACUCACGUCCUCCGGCCUUCAGUCGCGUCGAUAUCCUGCGCACCGCCAAGUCUCCUUCGAAGCCGUCGCUGAGGAGAUUGGAAGGCCGUCUGGAGUGAAGAAUUCUGGUGCUACGACGUUGUUUGAAGAAGGGAAUAGGGACAUAUUAGGCCACAAGAACUACCAGCUGCUGGCUCGUAGACGUUUGGAGAGGGUCGGACAAACGUCUAGGCCCAAAGCUUAGCUGUGUGUCUAUGCUUGGUGCGCAAGGGUGUCGAAGUUGAAAGAAGGGUUGCCGAAGAAGUAUGCUGUAUUUUGAUUGCGUCUGGAGUAUAUAUACAG